CUACAUUGAGGCGUCUGCAUGUUUGAGCUUGUCAAGAUGACUGUGAGAGUAAAUCCGAUCCAUCUCUAUUUCCUCCUGGCAACUGUUGUGUAUGCCCAGACAGUCGAGGAGAUCUAUGUCAAGGCAAAUGAGAUGGUGGUGCUGCUGUGCCCUGACUACAGAGGAUAUAAUCAUGGUGGUGCCAAUCUGACCUGGACCAGUUAUACCACCCAGGAGAUGGAUCUGACCAACAUGUCAUCAGCUGAGCAGAGGAAGAUGGAUAUGCUGGUUCUUGGGAGUAACCUUGUUAUUCUCAAAGCAUCUGUAAACCAUCAGGGGAAUUACUCAUGCUCUCUGGGGAGUGGCAGUAGCCAGAGCUGGUUCAUGCUGACAGUAUACAUAACGCUGUCCAGAGAGUAUGAAGAGAUGAUCCAGUACAGUGAGACAUGUUACACACAGGAAUCCUGCAAGUUGCAUUGUCCAGAUGCCAAUUCCCCUUCUAAAAAUACCCCAAAUAUUACCAGGAACAGCAUUACAUGGCACAAGGACGGCAAGUCAUUGCCAGAAGACAGGUUCCUUAAUGAAGGAACAGUUUACUACUUAUCGAGCACGGAAAAGAAAGACCGUGGUGUCUACACGUGUACCAGGUCCUACCUGUAUCUUGACCAAAUAUACAACAUGAGCUUUACAGUGGUGCUAGAUGUCCAACCAAGAAAAAAAGAAAAACGUGCAGUGAUCAAGUCACCUCACGAAAAUGAAAUAUUUGAAGUAGAUUUGGGCUCAACGAAUGUGAUUAACUGCACAGCUGAUCUUUAUUCAGACUUUGAUGUUGUGUUCUGGAUGGUUGGGGACUCAUUCGCGGAAACGAACAACAGCUUAUCAGUAUUCUACAACUCUACACGGGACAAUGAUAGUGAAGAGAUGACAGCUUCUCUAGUCUUCACAAAGGUGUCAGAGGAGGAUCUAUCAAAACGUUACACCUGCAAAUUGCAAUCUGCUUCCCAAAACCCAGCAUUAGUCAACAUUAGUUUGGUUCAAAAAGCUCGUCCUUCCUCCUUCUCACUGGCAUCCAGCAUUGUUGUGGUGAUUGCUGUGGCGAUUGUUGUGACAAGUGUUGUAGUAGUCAUUCAUGUGAAAUUCAAAAAUGACAUUAUUCUUUUCCUGCAAAACACUUUUGGUUGCUAUCGCAACAUCUCACCCUUGGGUUUCACUUCUCAUCAACUCUUUGCUCUGACAAGCACUUUGUCAGAGCUCUGUACUGAGUGUCACUUUGCGGUGCAGCCGGUUAUCAUGAAGAUGAAGGUACAUCUGGUCCUCCUGCGUUUCCUCCUUGCAUCAGUGACAGGUGUGUAUGCCAAGACAGUCGAGGACAUCUAUGUCAAGGCAAAUGAGAUGGUGGUGCUGCUGUGCCCUCACUACGGAGGAUAUAAUCAUGGUGGUGCCAAUCCGACCUGGACCAGUUAUACCACCCAGGAGAUGGAUCUGACCAACAUGUCAUCAACUGAGCAGAGGAAGAUGGAUAUGCUGGUUCUUGGGACCAACCUUGUUAUUCUCAAAGCAUCUGUAAACCAUCAGGGGAAUUACUCAUGCUCUCUGGGGAGUGUCAGUAGCCAGAGCUGGUUCAUGCUGACAGUAUACAUAACGCUGUCCAGAGAGUAUGAAGAGAUGAUCCAGUACAGUGAGACAUGUUACACACAGGAAUCCUGCAAGUUGCAUUGUCCAGAUGCCAAUUCCCCUUCUAAAAAUACCCCAAAUAUUACCAGGAACAGCAUUACAUGGCACAAGGACGGCAAGUCAUUGCCAGAAGACAGGUUCCUUAAUGAAGGAACAGUUUACUACUUAUCGAGCACGGAAAAGAAAGACCGUGGUGUCUACACGUGUACCAGGUCCUACCUGUAUCUUGACCAAAUAUACAACAUGAGCUUUACAGUGGUGCUAGAUGUCCAACCAAGAAAAACAGACAAACGUGCAGUGAUCAAGUCACCUCACGAAAAUGAAAUAUUUGAAGUAGAUUUGGGCUCAACGAAGGUGAUUAACUGCACAGCUGAUCUUUAUUCAGACUUUGAUGUUGUGUCCUGGAUGGUUGGGAACUCAUUCGCGGAAACGAACAACAACUUAUCAGUAUUCUACAACUCUACACGGGACAAUGAUAGUGAAGAGAUGACAGCUUCUCUAGUCUUCACAAAGGUGUCAGAGGAGGAUCUAUCAAAACGUUACACCUGCAAAUUGGAAUCUGCUUCCCAAAACCCAGCAUUAGUCAGCAUAAAUUUGGUUCAAAAAGAACACCGUUCCUAUGUUCCCUUAUCUGUCAGCAUUGUGGGCAUUUUGGUGGUGAUGGUUAUAACAGUAGUAAGCUAUGUUAAGUUUAAAAUUGACAUCACUCUUUUCCUGCGAGACACUCUUGGCUGCCAUAGCAGCACCUCAGAUGGAAAAAGCUAUGAUGCCUUUCUGAUGUGUUAUACGAGCGACACAGAUGCAGGACUAGAUGCACAUGACAGAAAAUGGCUGGAGAAUGUUUUGGAAGAGAAGUUUGGUUACAGCCUCUGUCUCUACGAUCGUGAUGUCUUACCAGGGAAAGCUGUAGCAGAGGCAGUGUUGGACUGCAUAAAGGAAAGCCGGAUGGUGGUUUUGGUCCCCACUUCUGCAGAUCUCGAUUCAGGGUCUGGCUUGUUGAGUGCCAUCCAUGAAGCUCUUGUGGAGCGGCAGACACACUUGGUUUUCAUCAAAACAGAGACAAAAAAAGUGUCAAGAUCAGGAUCAUUACCGGAGAUCUUACAACAUCUUGGAGAGGCCGGGCACUGUGUCACCUGGAAUGGCAUAAACUCCAAGCCACCAUCCUCCUCUUUCUGGAAGCAGCUACGUUAUUACCUCCCUGCCACACACCAUCCACCAAAACUGUGGCUUUUACCUCAGACAAUCCAUGAUGUUAAUAUGAUAUGUUAAUGUGAUAUGUGAAGUGUUUAGCUAUGUCAGAGUUAACAUAUCUUAUUUGUGUUUCAGUAUGUGACAUACUGCAAAUGAAAAAUAUGAAAAAUAGACUUAAGUGUCACAUUCAAAGAUGGUCACCAACAGCUUUUAUUCUGUAUGUAUUAAAGAAAAUUAAUAUUUAACUUAAUUAAUAUUUAACAUUUGUUUUCUCUGCUUUAGUAUGAAGGCUGACACUGCUGUAAAGAUAUUUAAUGUUAAGUGAAUCAAUAUAAUGCAAAAAUGUAAAAUUAUCUAUGUAUGUUACACUGUUGCCUGACACAGAAUUGUCCAACUGUACAUUAUUUUCUGCAUACAAGAGGUGUUGAUGUUCAUUCAAGUUGUUUUAUAUUUUCUUGCAUUAUAGUGUUAUACAUGUCCCG